CUCAACUAUAAAUCCUUCAAUGAUCUCAGAAAUGACUGGCACUGACCCUGGAGAUCUGGGGUGAAAACCUGCCCAGUGGGUCCCUGGAAAGAGAAAAUCUGCAGAAGGAAGGCUUCUUGGGUGGGAGAGCUCCCGACAAGACCUUUUGGGAAAAGGGAGAUUGUGGAAGCUUGAGGAUCAGAGGAGGAACAUGGAACACAGAGCUGGGCAGCCUUUCAUCUCUCUGAGGGGCCCAGAUCAGAGGACAACGCCCCCACAUUCUGUACCUUUCAACUGCACUGCUGACCCUUUCAACUCCAGUGACCUCAGUGUCAAUUGGUUGAAGGACAGUGAUGAACCUCUAGUCUCAGCCCUGCACCUGGUGCCUAUCAACAAUUACUCUUACUCUGUCACCAGCAAGGCAUGGUCUCAGAUCACCUGUGAAGUCACCCAUGGGGACCUUGAUGAGCCCCUGCAAAUGAUCAUCAAUCUUUCCCAAGUGCUUCGAGUUAUCCCCAUCCUGAAGAUCACCACUGAGCCCCUGAAGGUUCACGAUCACGUGCUUCAGAGAGUGAACCUGACUUGUCAUGUGACAUUCUACCCUCCAAGUACACACCUGACCUGGAUGAAGAAUGGGCACAAGAUCCAGACUCUAGAGCUUCGCCAGGUCACCAGAAACCCUGAUGGAACAUAUCCACUAGAGCACAGAUUACAAGACGAUGCCAUGCUGGAUGGGAGUGAGUUUGUCUGCUGGGUGGUCCUGCAUGACCAACCUGCAGUGAGGACCAACAUCACCCUGGAAGUUCAGACCUCCAGCAAGGGCAGAGGAAGGAAAGGUCACGUUUACCACUUGGAAGGCCCCUUGCAGUGGUCUGCACCUGGGACAAGCAUCCAAUUGAAAUACACAUCCUCUGGGUUACCAACAUGUCAGGUUACAGUGACCUGGCUGGAAAACAACCACAAGCUUCGCCAGCCCCAGAUCAGUGUCCUCCCGAAUGGAAAUACCUGCAAUGUGACCAGCAAUGUGCUUAUCCCACUGGAGAAAGACGACAUGCUCUCCUCAGUCCUUUGCCUUGUUGAACACAGCUUGUCAGUGGUUUUCUGGGAGCUUAUCACUGUGAAGCAGUAUCUGUGUGCUCCCCCUGCAGUGACAGUGUCCUAGGCUUUAACCUUCUCUGGCUUGGUGGCUGUUAUUUGCCACGUGCAGAGAUUCUGUCCAUAGGAUGUGUUUCUCACCUGGCUGGAGGAUUGCCAUGUGCUCAGGAGAAUGGAGCAACCAAUAUCCAUGCACAGUGAAGAUGGGUCUUAUAAUCUGGAAAGCUUGCAGUUGUUAAACACAUCAGUGCAGAAAUCUGGUCAAGUGCUCACCUGUAAGGUAGAGCAUGAGACACAGCCUCCCAUCCAGGCCAGCCUCAUAUUGUCUACAGGAUCUUAUGCCACAUACAAGCCACCCACUGGGAACACAGGCCUCAAGGUUCUCCUGGUGGGGAGUUUAAUAGUUAUAUACAUCUACAGGUGGAGGAACCUAUGGCAGGUGAGUUUUAACAGACCUUAGCUCUGAGGGAGUGAGGUCAAGGCCAUGUCCACGGGUUAGCAAGAGGAGUUUAGACUGAGCAAAUAGAGUUUACAGGUUGUCCUCAAAGAUUCCCACAAAUGUGAUUGAGCCUCAGGAGAAAGUUUUGUAUAUUCUUAUUUUCUCCAAAUAGCUUUUGGAAUUCACAGAGGCUCCCAGCUCUGCAUUGUGUAGUGUCCUGGAAGAUUUUCAUGUCCUUUGGGAUUUUGGGAGUCAAAGUUGUGGGAGAGGAAUGAUAGUCAAGACCUGAACUCCAAAGAGUCUGCCCAUAUACUGUUAAAUAGUUUAGAUAUUCCAUGGUUUGUCUUUGGAAUGAAUAAGGAAGAUAUUGCUAUAAUCAACUAAUAGAUACAUAAAAGAGUGGAGAUUCUGAUUGGUAGCAAAGAUGAAUGUGCAUAUGGGAGAGUUCAGAACCCAGAACGAAGUGCUGGGGUGUAGUGAAUGGAGUCCUUAUUUCUGAUCUGCAUCAUGAAUUCAUACAAAACAGAGUACCACUUACUAGGCAUUCAAUACAUACUUGACUAAUUAAUACAUGAAUGAACAAACAAAUGAGUGAAUGAAUUUUUUUUCCUAUUCCCACAUGACUCAUGAUAGAUGAUCUCUGUUCUC